AUGUCUUCCAACGAGCAGCUUUACGAAACGAUCUCCAAUUCCGUCGCUCAUCAUGAGCAAGACUUGGCAGAAAUUUGCAAAAAGAUCCAUGAGAACCCAGAGCUCAAUUACAAAGAGUUCAAAGCCCACGACAACAUCUGCGAUCUCAUGCACCGUCUUGGCUACACCGUGAAGCGCUCCGCCUACGGCAUCCAAACCUCCUUCGAAGUCGAAUCCGGCCAAGGCGGCAAACUCAUCGUCUUCAACGCCGAGUACGAUGCCCUUCCCGGCCUAGGCCAUGCCUGCGGCCACAACCUCAUCGCAACAAGCUCCACCGCCGCAUUCAUCGCCACCGCCGAGACAAUACGCUCCCUCAACAUCCCCGGCCGCGUUCGCCUCCUCGGAACACCAGCUGAAGAAGGCGGUGGUGGAAAAGUGCAUCUUAUCAAAGCUGGUGCCUACGAGGGCGUAGACGCGUGUCUGAUGGCUCACCCGACGGGGAGACUGUCGCCGCAGGGAGAGAAGAAUAUAGAUGGCGUUUCAGCAGCGAGGUCGAGUGCGAGAAGACAGAUAAAAGUGGCUUUUACGGGGCAGAACGCUCAUGCGGGGAAUAUGCCGUGGCAUGGAAAGAAUGCGCUCGAUGCGGUUGUUUCGUCAUACGUGAAUAUUUCCCUCCUAAGGCAGCAGAUCCAGCCUACAGAGAGAAUUCACGGAGUGAUUAGAAAUGGAGGUGCUGAGCCGAAUAUUAUUCCUGAUUCGACGAAUCUGGAGUAUUAUUUGAGAGCGGCUGGGGCUGAUCAGAUCAAGGAGCUUACGGGAAGGGUCGAGGCUUGUUUCAAAGCUGGGGCGCUCGCUACAGGUUGCGAAGUGCAGUGCAGUUGCGAAUCAGACCAAGAUUACAUGGAGCUUCGACCGAACAUGUCCAUGUCGAACGAGUUUACAAAACACAUGCAAGCAUUCGGACGAGAUUACAUCGGCGACGCAAACCAACCACCGAUGGGCGCAUCAACAGACAUGGGCAAGUACACUGCCCCCUCCUCAACUCUCAGCUUUACUAACAUUCCCAGGCAACAAGAUCCUUUGGUGCAACCGCACACACCCAAGUUUGCAGAAGCUGCCGGAACAAGAGAAGCGUUGGAGAGAGCUUUGGACUGUGCAAAGGGAUUGGCUGCUACGGCUUGUGAGAUGCUGCUUCAGACCGAGUUGAUGGACCAAGCAAGGGACGAGUUUAAGAGGGAUGUUGAGCCGAUUGACGUGAAUGGUAUCUCCCUCCUUGAUCAAAACAUAUUCUUCAACAGUAUGGCUUCUGAUAGAGAAGACAAGAUCAACAUUCCUGCCCAGGACCCUGUUGCGAAGAUGGGUGAAACGUUGAGUCUUCAGGGGUCAAUGCAGUUUGCGGAGGAGGGCGUUGAUAACCACUACAGAGGACGAAAGAAAGAACGAGUGCUAACGUUGGUGUCAAGUCUUAUGCCCCUUCUCCUCGUCUCAUAUACACUGCAGUUCCUUGACAAGCAAUCUCUAAACUUUGCUUCUAUCAUGGGCAUCAUUGAUGACUUGGACCUCGUUGGAUCAAGAUACAGCUGGUGUAGCAGUGCCUUCUACUUCGGCUACCUCUCGUUCAGCUACCCAGCGUCCUGGCUAAUGGUCCGUCUGCCCCUCGGCAAGUACCUCGCUGGAUCAAGCCUCGCCUGGGCCAUCAUCCUCUGCUGCCACGCCGCAGUCCAAACCUUUCCUGGUCUUCUCGUCGCUCGCUUCUUCCUCGGUGUAGCAGAAGCCUCCAUCUCGCCUGGUUUCUCCCUCAUCACUGGAAUGUGGUACAAGCGUGAGGAACAGCCUUUCCGACACGGUAUCUGGUUCUUGGGCAAUGCCAUCGCUACUUCGUUUGGUGGUCUGUUGGCGUAUGGUAUUGCUCAUAUUGGCGGCGCCCUUGAGUCUUGGCGUUGGCUCUUUAUCAUCUUCGGUCUCAUCACCCUCGUCUGGGCCAUUGUGCUGGCCAUUUUCCUCCCCGACACUCCCGACAACGCACGUUUCCUCGAUCAACAACAACGCAUCGAUGCCGUCGACCGCAUUCGAAGUAACCAAACGGGCAUGAAGAACAACAGCUUUAAGUGGGAGCAAGUCCGCGAGGUCAUCAAGGACCCCAAUGUCCUGCUUUUGAUGGUCUUCCAAGUUGCCUUCAGCAUUCCCAAUGGUGCACAUACCACUUUCAGUAGUCUUGUCAUGGCCGGCUUCGGCUUCAGCCGUUUCCAGGUCUAUCUCCUCAACAUGCCCAUGGGUGCCAUCCUUGCUUUCUUCGCUCUCGGAUCAACGUACCUUUGCAGUCGUUUCAGCGGCUACAGAACCAUUAUCGGCGCAUGCCUCAGCUUGAUCAGUUUGGCUGGUUCGCUUCUUGUUCGCUACGGUCCCAACCAAGGAAGUCGACUCUUUGGACUGUGGAUCUUUGUCGCGUUCGCUGCUGGGUUCCCUAUUUCCCUGUCCAUGGUCGCUUCCAACGUCGCUGGCUUUACCAAGAAGAGCGUUGCCUCCGCGAUGAUGUUUAUGGCAUAUACCACUGGUAAUAUCAUCGGCCCUUUUCUCUUCUUCGCCCGCGAGGCACCCGAAUACUCGAGCGGUUUCUUGGCGACGACGAUCUGCUUCGGCAUUUCGACCAUUACUAUGAUUGUUCUCCGAUUCGUGCUGAUCGCCGAGAACAAGCGACGCGAUAAGCUCCAGCAGACGAGCUCUGGUCUUCAGGAUGAUACGGAACAUCUCGAGAUCUCCGAUGUCACUGACAGAAAGAACCUCAACUUCCGUUAUGUUUACUAA